AUGGUCUUCGUCAGAAGGAACACUUGCGGGAUUCUCAGAAGGAGGAUCAACAAGAGCAAUUGCACGAUCAGAUUCCUGGUAAUCAAAAGUAUUGGUGGAAAUGUCUGGGAGCUUCUGAGCUUCAUUUGCAGCAGGAUUUAUAUUGUCAGUCAGUUCAGUAGAGGCGACGGAAUCAGCAGAAGAAGAUUCAAGAUCGCUAGGAGAUACCGAUGGGUCAAUAACAGAGGAGACACGACGAGGGAUCACUUGGCUCAGUGUGCCACCGUGUGGUGGCAGCAGAUUGACAAACCAUAA